AGUUGAUGUUUGCGCAUUCCUCUCGUCAGAUCACCAGUGCAGUCGCCGUCACACCGAGGGAAAGAACGACGUCGACGUCGCGACGCCGCGUUCUGAGAAAAUGUUCUGACAAGGUCUAGUAAAAGACAAAUCACCAUGGCUGUAGACAUCCUCGAUGAGGAUCACUUCGCCAUCAGCGCCAUCGUGACCGUAUGCAUGCAAAUUAUCUUCUUCACCAUCGCUGCCACCUUCCAAAUGGACAAACUCACCGACUUCUGUGGAGGUAUCAACUUUAUAAUUUUGGCACUUCUGACUUUCUUCUGCGGCCAAGGAGGAAAUAAGAAAAGUUACGACAGCCGGCAACUCAUGGUCACCGUGUUUGUGUGUCUGUGGGGAUUACGUCUAUCAGGUUACCUUCUGUACAGAAUAAUCAAAAUCGGGCGAGACAAGCAAUUCGAAGACAAGAAAAGCAACACCAUUCGAUUCGCUAUUUUUUGGACUUUUCAGGCUGUUUGGGUCUACGUGGUGAGUUUACCAGUCAUCAUCAUUAAUUCGCCAAGACACGCGAUUCCUCCGGCUCCGAAGACUAUGACGCCGUUGGAUUCUACAGGAACUUGCUUCUUUGUGGUUGGAUUUUUGGCAGAGACUUAUGCUGACUUGCAGAAGUUUUCGUUUCGGCAAGAUCCGGAAAAUCAGGGGAAAUGGUGCAACGAUGGUUUGUGGAGGUUGUCAAGACAUCCGAAUUACUUUGGCGAAAUUGUUCUUUGGUGGGGGAUUUUUGUAAUCUCUUUGAACGUGUUAGAAGGAUUCGAAUGGAUCGCCAUCAUGUCGCCUCUUUUCACAACCCUCAUCAUACUGUUCUUAUCAGGGAUUCCAACACUGGAACGGUCUUCCGAUGACAAGUACAGGGAUAUUUCAGAGUAUCGUUACUACAAGUCUUCGACUAGCCCUCUGAUUCCCAUUCCUCCUGGUAUCUACGUCGAAGUUCCGUGGUUCCUCAAAUUUAUUCUCUGCUGCGAGUACCCGAUGUACGAUUGGUUGGAUGAAAAGUACAAGAGCAGCAGCAUUGUCAAAGAAUCCACCAGCGCUUCCUUGGCUCAGUCGCAGACAUAACUAUAGCUACACGCUGGUCAUAAUCAGAUCAGCACUAGUUCGAAUGACGGCAAAGUUCAGAUCACAGCCUUGUAAACAGUGGGGUUAUUUUUGUGGUAAUUGCUUGUUAUGAACCAAGUCAUAAGGGGUAAUUAUUAUUAAGAAGGAGGGUCGAAUGAAGAAGUGAUACCAUGUUGAUGCAACGUAUACUUUUCGGUCAAUGUUCUCUGUUCUUGUGGUGUUAAUGAAGAUGAGUGGCUGGAUUUUUGGGGGUGUUGUAGUCAAUAUAAUUACAUUUAAAUUGUUACAAAUUAGAGAUUAUGAGACUUUAAAAUGGCCUAAGAAAGUAUUAUUCAAAAACGGUAGGUAAUAAAAAUUAGUGUGUAGAAGUUCCAUUUGAACUAAUUCUUGGAGUAGAUCUUUCUAGCAUAUCAAAAUUAAAAUGUAGGUUGCUAGAAAAAAGAAGGUACAAAAUAAAAUGAGUGACGAGAUCAAAUAUACUUCGUCAAUAAAGAUUUCUUAUGAACGACUAACUUAUCAUUUUAGUUAAUUUACGAUUCUCGCAAAUUUCUGUGAUUAUAGCUAACAGUACUUGAAUAUUACGACUACUAUUAUACGAUAAGGUAAUAACAAAGUAGAGAAUUUUAAAGUCGAAUGUAAUCAAAGUAAUUCCUGGAUUUCCCGUCUUUUUUUCUACCAUUAAAAAUCUGGUCACUUAAAUUCACUUAGCAAUAGAUAUGUUGACAAUGUUUGGAUGCUAAAAGUACCUACCUAUUAAUGUCGUUAAGUAUUUUUAUUAGAAUACAUUUAAAAUUUAAGGUACUAACUGUACUGCCACAAAGUUGAAAGACGACACAAAAGCUUAUGACAAAAUUUCAACAGAAGGUUUCAUGAGAGUUUUAAAAUAGGAAUUGAAGUUCGAUUUUACCUAGAACUAGAAGUUGCACAGUUGGUGCAAAUAGAUUUUCGAGAAACAAAAUUGUUUCAUACGUUUCUGAAGAAGCUAAAAGUAGUUCCAACGGAAAAUAUGAUCAAAAGUUCAGUAUUUUAGGUAGAGCAAUACUAUACAUAUCUAAUGUUUGAAUUUAAAAACAAAAAGUAUUUUAAUAGCCUGUACAAAAUGUCUGAAACGAGUGCAGAAAAUGAGAAUAAUAAUACUGUUAUUUAUUAAAGUUUAUGCAUGUAUACAAGAGUCGAAAUAAAGUAUUUGCAAAGUAA